AUAUAUUCAUAACAUCGAGUUCGGUAAUGUCAAGGUUAUGAAUUUCCAAAUUGACAUUCACUUGCAUUUUAUACAGUUUCUUUCGAUGACUUCGAAUGUGAUAUAGUUUAUCUACGACAUGUUUUUAUCUCUAUUUUUAGGCGUUUUAUUACUUAGUAAUUUGGCAUACGACGCACAAGCUAAAGUUUUUACGAAAUGCGGUCUGGCACAAGAAUUAGUUCGACUUGGAAUAGCGAAAACGUUUGUUGGAAAUUGGGUGUGUUUGAUUGAAGCAGAAAGCGGAAGAGACACUUCCAAAGAGGUAAUCAAAGCAAAUGGAGGUAAAGGUUUGGGAUUAUUUCAAAUCAACAGUAAGGAUUGGUGUACGUUUGGGAAACCCGGUGGAAAAUGCAAUGCCAAAUGCGAAGAUUUUCUCGAUGAAGAGUUAACUAAAGAUGCGGCUUGUGCUAAGAAAAUUGAAAGUUUGUUGGGUUUUCGUAACUGGGAGGGAUGGACGAGAAGUUGUUAUAACCGUGAAUAUCCCUCUACCAUAGUACACUUGUGUUUUCCAAGUGCUGGAUGAACGAAUCCAAUAAUUCUCCCCUUCCAUAUCGAUAUAAUAUUUUACUAUAGUUUUAGCGUAUUAAAAUAUUAAUGAAUUGAUUUAUUACAAAAUGUCAAUACUGUUGUAAAAAUAAAAAUGAGAUAUUUUUUA